AUGUACCUAGUUAUAAACCUGACAGUAGCUGAUAUGUUUGUCGGAGGAUUUUCUCAAAUUUUUCUUUUUCAAUAUCUACAGCUCCUUUUCAAAUGCGACAUUGUGAAAAUGAAAUUAAGCCAGGAACUGAAAGUGAUAAAUCACUUUCUCUUCGUCUGGUUUCCUCUGACCUCUCUAACAAACAUUGCAGUCACUUCAUUAGAUCGGAUGCAUGCAACAAUUCGUCCCUUCAGGCAUCGCCUCAUCAAAAAGUGGGUCUACAGGGUAACAAUUGCUGGUGUCUGGGUUUUAGCUGCAAUGUUGGCUGCCGCCAGGUUAACAUUUUUACUACGACAUGAAAAAUGGUAUAAAUAUGGUUUUUACGUAUGGACAUCAUACUGUUGUUUGUGUCUAUUUGUUAUCUGGGUUUCUUACUCUUCCAUUGUUGUUAAAUUUUUGUGUGGAGCCCAUCCCCGGCACCAUGGUGCAGCCAACAGACAAAGGAAACUGACCGUAACAUUAUUAAUAAUGAAUAUCGUAUCCUUACUGAUGUGGCUACCAUUGUCGAUUUAUUUAUUUCUUUUUUUUCAAUCUAGUAUCAAGAAAUUCCUUCCUUUCCAGGAAUCAACACGUUUGGAGUUUUCUUUAAUCAUUCUAUAUUUGAUGAACUCGCUUGUUAAUCCCAUCAUUUACACAAUCAGAAUUCCAGAGUUUAGGAAAGCUCUCCUGGUGUUAUUUAAACGUCAACGAAGACAAAAUGCCCAAGUUAUUCCUCUUCAUGCGCUUUAAUGUACUUUGUCUAACACUUGGAAGCCAACUUGUGAUUUCGUCAUCUUCAUUAAAAAAAAAAAGUUGAUUGUAUACUGUUAUCGCGGCCUUUAAAGUUUGAUAAAAAGGCCGUAAAUAAGUGUUGUGGUACAAUUUUUUCCUUUGUUUUAAACUCUGAUUUUCAAUCGUACAUAAAUAACCAUACCGCAACACAAAGGAAAACAAAAUCUAAACCAUUGAUGAGUUGAACCGCAGUAUUUCGUCAAAUACUGCAACUAAAUAUAGAGCCGGUUAGUAGUCUCGUUUAUUUUUUUGUUACGUGUAGCAUGCUUCCAAAAUGAAAAGAUAUCAUUUACAUGUCCUUGUUUAGAGUACGUUAGCCAUCAUGAUUGUGGUCGCAAAACAUGAAAUAUAUCCAUUAUGUACAUUAAGCGCAGAAGUUGUUUAGUUCUUAAUUUGUUAUUUCACAACGCGAUAUCUACUUUAAUAAUGCGACUUGUUUUGAAGGUAAAAUACCUCUUUUAGUAAAAUCAGCAUUUUAAGACACUUCAAUAAAGUUGCUAUUUAUAUAAACAGGAUUUCUUUACGUUCUUAAUAUAUAUCUGUGUCUGGAAUAUCACAAGGAAUGGGCCGGAAAAACGCUGAAAUGGGAAAGGCACACUUCAGUGUCCUAAAGAUGGGAAAAGUCAGAAGAUUGUUAAAAGUGUCUUUUUUUUCACGCCAAUUUUAGGAGAGGAUUAUAAGAAUGUUGUUUUUCCUCGUUGUGUGGUUAAGGAAAUUUGUGUACAGCUUGCCAGAUACAUUCAAGACUCUUUCUGCCACUAUUCAAUGUUGAACAUUUCCAGGUCUUUUUUUGAGAGAUAAUAUAUAGCCAAAUCUGGGAAGGGAAGUCAAUUGACAAAACUUUGAAAAUCAUAGAUGAAUGAAGAGUCAUCAAAACUAUUUAGCCUUUCUCGAGAAACAGAAAUUUGUAAACAAGAGUUUUGCUUCUUCAAACAUAUAUUUUACUUCAGAAAACGUUCCCCUGACAAAUGAGGACAGAGACAUAUCAAAUAGUCUGGAUUGAAUAUUGUCAUCACUGGAAACUAAAUCCAGUAAAUCCAUCUUGUCAGUUCGUGUCCUUAAAACUGCGCCAUGAAUUCUUGGUGAAAGGUUCUUAGUCGCUCAAACAUUGGAGCGAACGUCUCUUCAUAAGGAAGAAUAGUGAUCCUACCAAGAAAGAUUCAGUAAAACAUGAAACCGUUUAAUUUCCUUCGUAUGGAUAGUGGCUUUGAAAAAUCAAAACGUUUUGGAUUAUUUUAACCCAUAAUGUGGAGAUGAAACUUGGUCCAAUUCAAUCAGACUUUCACACGCUGACAGAACGUGGCUUUUACGGACAAGUCGCUUUUAGGACGCCUUUUCCCAAGUAAGUUUAUGCUCUGGUCUGUACCGUAUAAUCUCGGUUGUGAGCCCUUCUAUUUGUAAACAACAACAUUAUUCCAGUUGUAGGCCCUCCACUAAGCCCACACCACCCCGGCUAUAGGCUGAUCUGUGUAUACCCUUAUUGCGUUUGUCAGAACGCAUCCUAAUUUGGUAUUCCUGUGGUACAAAGGCAGAAUUUUUCGUGGUUGGGGGGAAAGAGUAGCCUCCCACGCAGGCGUUUUUAGGGGAGCUCGUAUUUCUUCCCUCCCCACAAACGCCUGCUCAACGGAGGACAACGUUCCUUUCCCAUUGUUAUAUUCGCCUGGCAAGUGACCAAUCAACAGUUUUGAAGCAAUGUGUUGACCGGCUAAACAGGACUUAUAAGCUCGUGAUACUGUAAAAACGUGACCCAGAACGUGAUCCUAGAGUUACCUUUUUCCUUCUAUUCUUUCCUUCGCUAAGGUUAUGCAGUGCACGCAGAAUUCUAAAAUCUGACUGAGUAAAUCUUACUUUUGCCGCUCUGAGUCUAAUAUAAUAUUUAUUAGAGGUCAUGAAGGUUUCUCAAAGUCUCAUGCAGAUCGCGUAAUUAUCGAGUUACCUUGCGGUCAAGGUCAUUUUUUCAGAAUUUGGAAAGUACAACGUGAUAGCUAAGCGUGGGAAAGGAAUGCUGUCCUCGGAUGAGCAGGCGUUUGUGGGGAGGGAAGAAAUACGAGCUCCCCUAAAAACGCCUGCGUGGGAGGCUAGGGAAAGAGGGGUCUUGUCAAAUUUAAAGGUGCAGUCAAUCUAAUCCAGUCCGGGCCACAACCAGAUCUGGAUAUGUAAUUUCCUGCAAUCUGAUUGGCUCAGAGCUCAACCAAAACAUUGAAUUGUCCGCGAAAGGACUCUCGACAGAAAUGUCGAACAGGGAAACUUCGAAGCAAAUAGCUGUCGAGUGCUUUGGGUGGAAUGUACCUUGAAGAAAAGUAACAGCAAUACGGAGCCGAUUAAUCGAGACUAUUUUAUGUGUCAUAGCGUUCGAUUUACGAAUACCGAGAUGUUAAUGAUCGAGAACGCUUUCUGUAAACACCUGUGAAUUUCUGAUAAUAUUUCAAGAGACCAGAAACAACUCGACGACUCCGAUCGAAUUUGAAGAAUAGGGAAUUUGAAUACCGCAAUACAUUGUAAGUGGAAAGGUUUUAAGAAGUCCUGUUUGGAGUAAUUUCUGCGAGCACAGCUUCGUCCUGGAGAAGUCUGUUCUAUUCUACUUCGGGGGCAAUACCAUACGCGCUAAAAUCUAAUUUCGAUCGAAGGACUGAUAAUGAUAAUCUUAGUGCUAAUUAUUCUUGCUGUAUAUAAAUUUCCAAAUUUUCUAAUAGCUGUUAAAUAGUCACUGAGAGGGCGUAAACAUAAUUUGACAAUUGUAUUUUGAAAAACAACUUUGGGUCAUUCUGCAUAUUUUACAUUCCACAUAAUUAUGUCAUUCCGCAAGCCAUGCCACAUGCCAUCCGCAAACUCAUUCCACCUUUUCCCCUCACCGAUUACUGAUCUUUUGAGGAACUAACUUCAACCAUCUAUGUUUACCCCCUUGCUAUUCUUUUCUUACUGACCAAAUUUAAUUCAAUUUACCUCUAAAGGUAGACGAGCAAUAACAAGGAAACGGAAACUAAAAGUUUGAAGCGAAAAGAAAACAAGUCAUGACAUUUUCUUCCUCCGAGUGCAUCACCUGGCUGGCUUUAUUCAUUACCAUCUCUAUUACUAUAGUAACAGUGAACCUUCUAUCAAUUGUUCGAAUUCUUUUUAUAAAAAAUCGCAGUCUUCGAACUCGUGCCAUGUACCUAGUUAUAAACCUGACCAUAGCUGAUAUGUUUGUCGGAGGAUUUUCUAGCCUUUAUCUCCUGUUACUCCUCGAAUGUGACAUUUGGGAAAUUCACUUAACCCUGGGAUUGACAGUAAUAAUUGAAUUUCUCUGCAUCUGGUUUCCUCUGACCUCUCUAACGAACAUUACAGCCAUUUCAUUAGAACGAAUGCAUGCAACAAUUCGUCCCUUCAGGCAUCGCCUCAUCAAAAAGUGGGUCUACGGGGUAACAAUUGCUGGUGUCUGGGUUUCAGCUGCAAUGGUAUCAACUGCCAUUUUUAAUUAA